AAAACCUCUCCUUUACUCUCUUAAAUAUUCAGGUUUGGGUUUUAUUGUUUUUUUGGAUUGGCCGAGAGCACCGUAGUUGUUCAAUAAUACAAAUAAUUCUCAAAAAUACAACUUGCCUAAUAAUUGUGCACACAGCAUAUUCUUACUUCUAUCCCAACAUCUUUGGCCCGUUUGUCCUUAUUCAUCAUCCUACAUUUCCGUCCUUGUGUUGAAACAACUGCAUCUCUCAGCUUCUGAGGGAGCAGCGUGCAACUCUGUCGGCUAAUAAAAGACCAUCAAUAAAUAACCACAUGCAUUACAGCAGAAGGGCGCUUCUUCGGCCUCAAAGACAGUGACGACUUCAAAAAUAUCCAUUUGAAAAGCCGCAGGCCGUGACAGAAGUUGUAGCUUCUCUUCCGCCUUCCUCCUCCACCUGCUCCACCUGCUCCUCCUCGUUGGGUGGAGCUGUCUCUACCUGGACACCGGAGAGUGAUUCCAAUAAAAUGGCGUUAUAGUUGGACUUUGAAGCGCUUUCGUCGACGCAUAUUGACAAUAAGUUCAGCGUGGGGACCCAUCGGUUUCAAUCAGCGUAAUGAGCCAGCCGCCCCGUUCAAAGCGGGGACACCGGGAGAGAAACGGGGACCACCGACAAGACCGAGACAGGCGGCCCUCACCUGACAGCAGGUCGUCUUCCCGGCCCCCCUACCACCCCAGCGAGGCACGCCCCCCUCCCAGCCGUGCGCGGGAAGCCCCUCGGGUGGAGCACAAUGAGUCCAAAUGCACACACAUUUGCUCCAGGAGAGGCAUCGUGCUCAUCUGCUCUGUACUCACAAACGGCCUGGUCCUGAUCUGCGUGGUGGCGGCUCAGAUGGUGACGUCGGGCCUGUCCGCCAUGGGCGGUUUGGGCGGCUUCGACAUCAACUCCAACUUUAACCUGGAGGGCACCGAGCUGCAGAAGGCGCGCGAGCUGGACAGCCAGUACAGCCAGAUGAGGGCGCCGGGCAUCUACGGCGGCAUCGCCUUCAGCCUCACCGCCGGCGUCCUCUCGCUGCUGUUCGUGGUGGCCGGGAACAAGCCGCCCCACCUCAUGUCCCGGAAGCUUCUGUACGGCGCGCUGGUGUUUCAGGCGGUGGGCGCGGCGGCGUACGUGGUGGCCGUGGGGCUCUACCUCCACUUCGUCAUCGGCGUCAACGCCACAGAUGUGUGCAAGCAGCGCGAGAGGAUCUACGCCCGCGGCGGCUACACCUGGAUGAGCUGCGACGUGGGCGGGGCGGACGCGGCCGUCGCCCUGUUCGGCCUCAUCACGGCCAUCCUCUACGGCGCCGGCACGGCGCUCACCUUCCUGACCAUCAGACGGGUCAGGCGCUGGGAGCGGGAAGGCCGGGAGGCGGAGAAGCAGCGGGCCCGAGCGAACCCGCAGAGGGCGCCGCUGAGGGCCGAUACCACGGCGGUGUGAGACGCCACGGAGCGGGCCCCCCCCCCCCCCCCCGUUAAGGGAUCGCCAUGGAAACCCGCAGUGCGCCGCGGAGGAGUUACACGUCCCACCUGAAUGACGCUCUGUUAAUGAAUCAAGGAUUUUAAAAACUAGACCCAGAAGCCAUGAAUUCCAUAAAUCCACAGUUCUGUGGGAUCACAUGGAAGAUAAUUCCAGGAUUUAUGUAUAUGUUUUUAACAUGUGUAAUUGCUUUUUGUAAUAUCAAAGUUGGACUUCAAAAUGCAACCUUAAUGAAACUGCCACCGUACAAGAAUGUAACGGCUCAAAUGAAUGCGAUUGCGUUCUCCUGCUUUGUUUGUGGUUCACAUUGUGAAGAGGCAAAGGGUCCGCAGGGAGCACGAGAGGCUCUGUUCCCUCCAGAGACCUUCUGCCAGCAGUCACACGAUGGGCCAAACAUACCCUGAAGGACACGGCGGUGAUGUAAGUGUUGGACUGUGAGGAAGUUUCUAAUUGGACCACUUGACAUCACAACGCAGCGAUUGUAUCACAGCAGCACGAGCAGCGUGACGUCAGCUCAGAGGAAUGCAGGUAGCUGCGUGUCGUCAUGCAGUUUCUCUCCGUGUAUGUUUCGAUCUUAAGCCGUAUGUAUAAAGUGUCUGUACGCUGGGAUAUCUUUCCAGUGCUAUUAACAUUUAUGCUGCCAACCCAAAGCAAUAAAGGUGAAUGGGUUAGUUUUA